CUUGGUCGCCAGUUCCACAUGGCCUUUUUCCACUCCUCUUUCUGCCAGCCCUUACUUCAGCCGCCGCCGCCGCCAUCAAAAGGUCCGCUGGCACCGCCAUCUCUCAGCGGCGACGUCUCCAAGCACUAGCGACAGUUACCAUCAUUUUAUUCGGCCAUUCCUUGCAGAAUAGGUUCUUUACACUCUUUCGCGCUCACUCUCUCUCGUCGAUGCCGCGCUGGACUGCAGAAGCCUGCUCUCCAUGAUAUCCUGACUCAACUGCUCCAGACAUCCACGUUGUUGUCCCCAAGAUGUUGCGACGGCCGCCUGGCCAUGUCGCUCCGCAGCGCAAGUACCUGUUGGCACUCGCGCUGAUCCUCCUCCCGUGGCUCCCGCUCGCCGAUGCUCAGCAGCAGCACCAGCGCCCGCCCUCGCCCGCCCGGCAUAGGUCGCCGGCAGAACACGAGCAGCAUGCCGCACUCAACCUCGCGGCCACGACCGUGGCGGGCCAGCAAGCGGCCGACACUCCCCGCAUUCACCGCCACGGGAAGCCAUCGAGUGCCGAUAGCAGCGAGGACAACGAGGAAUCCCGCCUGCGGAUCCUCGCCCGUUCCAACAGCCACCACUUCAUCCCUGACGAUGCGCGCGCCCACGCUUUGGCUCCGGACCUGUCCGUUCGAGCACCGCCUCCCUCGCAGUACAGAGGCCCCUCCCCCGGGGCUGGACUCUCGCAGCAUGUUGCGCGGAGUCUGGAGGAUUGGGAAGUAGAAGACUUUGUUCUUCUGGCGACCGUCGAUGGAGACCUCUACGCCAGCGAUCGCAAGACCGGACAGGAACGCUGGCACUUCAAGGCCGACCACCCCAUGGUUGAGACCAGACAUUUUCGAACCAAUAGUUCGGUCCUCGACGACGACUACGACCCCAUCGACCACUACAUCUGGGUCGUUGAGCCCACAAGAGACGGAGAGCUGUAUCUCUGGAGGCCCAACGAGCAGGGCGCCGGCCUGGCCAAGAUGGCCUUGACCAUGAAGAAGGUGGUCGAGGAGCUCGCGCCGUGGAACGACAAGGCCAACGGCGUGCUCUAUACCGGGGACAAGAAGACCACCAUGGUCACGUUGAAUGCCGCUACGGGAACCAUCAUUAAGCAGUUCGGCUCCAGCGGUAGUUACGUUAACAAAGUCGAGUCUGAGAGCUGCUUCAAACCGAACGCCCUGGCUGACGGCGAGGAGGAAUGCAACGAGGACAGGACUAUCACGCUUGGGCGGACUGAGUACACUGUCAGCAUCCACCGCUCCGACGGCAGCCCGAUUGCGUCGCUCAAAUACUCCGAGUGGGGUCCCAAUACGCAGGACAAUGACCUCAUCCAGCAGAACAUCCUGACCAAGGACAGCCGUUACGUCACGGGCCAGCACGAUGGCAAGGUCUAUGGCUUCGAGUAUGGCCGCUUUAGCGAAGAACGUCCCUACUUUACCAGGACGCUCUCGUCGCCCGUAGCACGUGUGUUUGACGUCCUUCAUCGAUGGGGGUCCGCUCCUGGUGCGGAUCCGGAACUCAUUGUGCUGCCCCAGCCUCCUCUCCCUGCAAGCGAUGAGGACAGCGCGCGCCUCCGUAGUGAGAAGGUCUUCAUCAAUCAGACAGAGGAAGGAAGCUGGUACGCCCUUUCGGCAAGCCGGUAUCCCUUGAUCCUGUCCGCGCCCGUGGCACCCAUCCACCGUGUGGAUUGGUGGAGGAUCAAGGAAGCCUGGGAUCUGCUUCCCGAGUCUCAGAAGUCCAGGGCGUUGGUCGGGACACACCAGCUGCCGGACGGCCUCGGGACGGCCGACCGAGUCAAGCAGCCGUCGCGCUUGUUGUUGGAUGCCCCUCGCGGUGACCUUGAGAGGCUGCCCGAUGCCGAAACCCCGCAACUACUCCCGCCACCACAGCCAGAACCGAGUAGGAUCAUCGACACGGCAAAGAAGGUGCCCUUAUUUGUCGUGAGUACAGUUUUUGACCUCGUCAGCAACCCCGCCGCGAUCGUCAUUGCCCUCAUCACGGGAUGGAUUUUCCGAGAUUGGGUCUUCCGAGAUUGGCUGCCUAAGGUCGGUCGCGUGUCCUCGGGCAAAGCGGGCUUGCUAGCGUCGCGAAUCGAGGUCAACCCCACCAUGCCAAAUUCGACCUCGGCGGCGGAACCCAAUGCUGCUGCCAUUGUGGCAGAACCUAAGGCGGAAGUCACCCCGGCUGAUGCCGUUCCUGUAGCGGUUCCUGCUGAGACGCCCCCAGAGGCUAACCCCGAUACACCACCGGCGCCCCGAGAACCGGCCGUGGAUCCCGCUGAGCAACCCGAGUUGAAUGCGGAGCCGGCAGAAGGAGCUGAUGCCCCGGCUGGCGAGACCGUGAAGAAGAAGAAAGCACACCGGGGCCGUCGAGGAGGCGCCAAACACCGGAAGGGCAACAAGGACAAGCGCGAGAACUCUCAGUCUAGGGAGGAAAGUCCGCCGCAGGAAUCGGUUGAGGAGGUUGUUAACAAAGCCAAGACCCUCAUUCGCGAGCCCAAACUUGAGCCAGACAUCAUCACAGUCGCCGGGGAUGCCGACGAGGUUUCGGGCCACAUUCUGAAGAUGGGCAGUCUUGAGGUCAACGAGGCCGAGCAGUUGGGCACGGGCAGCAACGGCACCAUUGUUUUUGCCGGCAAGUGGGACGGCCGCGACGUGGCUGUGAAGCGCAUGCUGGUGCAGUUCAACGAGAUCGCCAGCCAGGAGACUAGGCUGUUGAGAGAAAGCGACGAUCAUCCGAAUGUAAUCCGCUACUACGCCCAGCAAGAACGCGCGGCGUUCCUCUACAUCGCUCUGGAGCUCUGCCAGGCCUCGCUCGCCGACAUUGUCCAGAAGCCUCACGCCUAUAGGGAGCUGGCGCAGGCUGGCGAACGCGACAUGCCGGGUGUCUUGUACCAGAUCGCCAACGGUCUGAGCCAUCUGCAUAGCCUGCGCAUCGUCCACCGCGAUCUCAAGCCGCAGAACAUCUUGGUCAACAUGGGCAAGAACGGCCGGCCCCGCAUCCUCGUCUCCGACUUUGGCCUGUGCAAGAAGCUGGAGGGCGGGCAAUCGUCGUUCGGUGCCACUACCGCUCACGCCGCGGGAACUACGGGUUGGCGUGCCCCGGAGCUCCUGAUUGACGACGACGGCCCAGGGCCUUCGACCAUGACGCUCACCGACCCGGGCUCCAGCCUGCACAGUGCGUCUGGCUCCGGCCUCGUUGAGGGCCCGGGCCCGCACAGCCGACGGGUGACGCGGGCCAUCGACAUCUUCUCGUUGGGGCUGGUCUUUUUCUACGUGCUGACGCGCGGCAACCACCCGUUCGACUGCGGCGACCGCUUCAUGCGCGAGGUCAACAUCCGCAAGGGCAUCUACUCCCUGCAGCUGCUCGACUCGCUGGGCGACUUUGCCUUUGAGGCGCGCGACUUGAUCGGCAGCAUGCUCAACGCCAAGCCCAAGCAGCGGCCCACAGCGCUUGAGGUCAUGGCCCAUCCGUUCUUUUGGAGUCCCAAAAAGCGCCUCAGUUUCCUGUGUGACGUGUCGGACCACUUUGAGAAGGAGCCGCGCGACCCGCCGAGCCCGGCGCUGUCACACCUCGAGUCGUAUGCCCCCAGCGUCGUCCAGGGUGAUUUUCUCAAGCACUUACCACGCGAGUUUGUCGAGUCGCUCGGCAAGCAGCGCAAGUACAGGGGUGAUCGCCUGCUGGACCUGCUGCGCGCGUUGAGGAAUAAGCGGAAUCACUACGAGGACAUGCCCGACUCGCUCAAGAAGAUUGUGGGGUCGCUGCCGGAUGGGUAUCUCGCUUUUUGGGCGUGCCGGUUCCCGAAUCUGUUGAUUACCUGCUGGAAUGUCGUGUAUGACCUCCGCUGGGAAGAGACGGAUCGGUUUCGGGACUAUUAUGUCCCUGCCCCGCCGUCGAGUCUGUAGGAUAGUCCGUGGACGGGCGGUUGGGGGGGUUGGUUAAGUGACUGAGAGGGAUGUGGAAGGGUGGUGAAACAGGGGGAGGGUCGGUUGAGUUUCCUUGGCAGCGUUGUUUCUCUUGUCAGUC